AUGUGGAUACUUCAAGCAACAGUUUCAGCACUGCUUAUCGCUCAGACAUUUGCCCGUCGUGUGUACAUUCCGCCGGCCUACCGGAAUGGCAGCGUGACCGUUGAGGGCCUUUCAGUUCCUGGAAAUCUCGAUGGGUUCAAAAUGGGAACUGCGGCCAAUCGAACCUCCUUUGAUUUGUGGUAUUUUGACGCAUUUUCUAAAACAACCGGUGCAGCUAUCAACAUCGUCUUCUUCAAUACGGGCGAUUUCGCUGCCAAUCCAAAUCCCCUAGCAGUCCAAGUUUCCGGUACUUUCAACAAUGGUACACAAUUUUCGGCUCAAGCCUUCGCUUCUGAGGGCGCAAUUCUAGAGAAUUCCCAAGAUGGCAUCACUGGGGACUGGAAAGGUUCUGGUGCCAGUUUUAGUGGAACAGAUCUGACUAAACCAAAUGUUCGAUAUGAGAUUGUGAUUGAUUCUCCUAGCAUCGGCGUGAAGGGUACCUUUGUCUUGAAUUCGCGCGCUCCUUCUCACUAUCCCUGCAACCCGAAUGUCGAAGACGUGAACACGCUCCUCUUGCCACAUCUGCAUUGGUCCAACGCUGUUCCGGAUGCCCAAGCAAUUGUCAAUUUGACAAUUAAUGGGACCAGCUUCAACAUCGAUGACGGGAUUGGAUACCAUGAUAAGAACUGGGGCGACAAGUCAGUCAUCACCAGCCCCAAGUACUGGGACUGGGGACAUGCACGCCUAGGACCCUUUUCAGUGGUCUGGUAUGACCUUCUCGACCACAACAAUACUGAGUAUACCUAUGCAUACGUCGCAAAGCAUGGCGACAUCGUCCUGACGAGCUGCGCCAAAGAUGCUGUACUGGUUCGUCAGUGGGGAACCAACACAUCCUACCCGCCUACAUUUGGCAUCCCAAGGGCGGAGGGUCUCAUUGCGCGAUUUGACCUUGGCGGGGGGCAGUUCUUAACUGCCAAUGUGACUAAGGAUGGAAUUGUUCAUGAUGAAAUUGUAUACGCCCGUGCAUUGGGUUCUGUAACAGGCGGCAUUGAGGGGCAAGAAGUCUUCAAGGGGCGUGCCCAUUACGAAGAAUUUGUCUAUGGGGUUCUGUUCAGCUGA